GCUCCUGGUCGCCCGGGCUGCAGCCUUCUCCUCCUCAGACGCUGCCGCCGCCGCCGCCGCCGCCGCCGCCACGGAGCACGAGGCCAAAGCGCCUGACGGAAGAAGGCCCUCCGCCGCCGCCAUUUCCCCUCUUGGUUCCUAGCCAUGGCUGCAGAAUCUGUGGGAAGACAAUACUCUCAAUCAGCCUAAAUAUGGGAAUAUCCAUCAUGAUGCAGUGAAAGACACCAUCGGAGUGUUCUUUAUUGGACCUAAUGCUCCACAGUGAAUGCCUGCGAAGUUCUUCUGACUUCUGAGGUGCUAUCAUUUUUAGGGAAAACUGACCUCCUGCCCUGAUAACUUCGUGACCACGUCAAUUUCCUCAACAUCCCGGAAACAAUGGGGAUUGGCAAGAACACCACUUCUAAAUCCGUAGAAGCUGGAAGUCCAACGGAGGGAAAAUAUGAGGAUGAAUCCAAGCAUUCUACUUUCUUUACAUUGCCAGUUGUAAUAAAUGGUGGCGCAACAUCAACCGGUGAUCAAGAUACGGAAGACACAGAGCUGAUGGCAAUCUAUACUACAGAAAAUGGAAUUGCAGAAAAGAGUUCUCUGGCAGAGACACUAGAUAGCAGUGGAAGUUCAGACACGCAAAGGACCGACAUGAUCUACACAAUUGAAGAUGUUCCCCCCUGGUACCUCUGCAUAUUUUUGGGGUUACAGCACUACUUAACCUGUUUUAGUGGGACUAUAGCCGUGCCCUUCUUGCUAGCAGAUGCCAUGUGCGUUGGGUUUGACCAGUGGGCUACCAGCCAGCUGAUUGGGACCAUAUUCUUCUGUGUUGGAAUCACAACUUUGUUACAAACAACCUUUGGAUGCAGGUUACCUUUGUUCCAGGCCAGUGCAUUUGCAUUCUUGGCUCCUGCCAGAGCUAUUCUCUCCUUGGACAAAUGGAAAUGUAAUAACACAGGCAUAACGGUUACAAAUGGAACAACGGAGCUGCUGCAUACCGAACAUAUCUGGUACCCAAGGAUACGAGAGAUCCAAGGUGCUAUUAUCAUGUCAUCUUUGAUAGAAGUGGUAAUUGGGUUCUUGGGCCUGCCAGGAGCUCUCCUGAGAUAUAUUGGGCCUCUGACGAUUACGCCGACUGUGGCUCUCAUUGGGCUCUCUGGCUUCCAGGCGGCGGGGGAGAGAGCGGGGAAACACUGGGGCAUCGCCAUGCUAACUAUAUUUCUAGUGCUGUUGUUUUCUCAGUAUGCCCGGAACGUCAAAUUCCCUUUACCCAUCUACAAAUCCAAAAAAGGAUGGACUGCAUACCGGUUGCAGCUCUUUAAAAUGUUUCCUAUUAUUCUUGCCAUUCUGGUUUCCUGGCUGCUGUGCUUCAUUUUCACGGUAACAGAUGUCUUUCCACCUGAUAACACUAAGUAUGGAUUCUAUGCACGCACCGAUGCUCGGCAAGGAGUACUUCUGGUAGCACCAUGGUUCAAAGUCCCUUAUCCAUUUCAGUGGGGAUUGCCCACAAUUUCAGCUGCUGGUGUAAUAGGAAUGCUCAGUGCGGUGGUUGCUAGCAUCAUUGAAUCAAUUGGCGAUUAUUAUGCCUGUGCAAGGUUAUCUUGUGCUCCUCCUCCACCCAUCCAUGCAAUAAACAGAGGUAUUUUCAUAGAAGGUCUUUCCUGUGUAUUGGAUGGAGUAUUUGGUACCGGGAACGGAUCUACUUCUUCUAGUCCUAACAUUGGAGUCUUGGGAAUUACAAAGGUUGGGAGUCGAAGGGUUAUUCAAUAUGGGGCAGCUCUCAUGCUAUUGCUGGGAAUGGUUGGCAAGUUCAGCGCUCUGUUUGCAUCCCUCCCCGAUCCGGUCCUUGGAGCUCUUUUCUGUACUCUUUUUGGGAUGAUUACAGCAGUUGGACUCUCUAACCUGCAAUUCAUAGAUUUAAAUUCUUCCCGCAACCUUUUUGUCCUGGGAUUUUCCAUUUUCUUUGGGUUAGUCCUUCCAAGUUAUCUCCGACAAAAUCCACUUGUUACAGGAAUAGCCAGCAUCGAUCAAGUACUCAAUGUUCUACUCACUACGGCCAUGUUUGUUGGGGGCUGCGUAGCCUUUAUUUUAGACAACACAAUCCCAGGAAGCCCUGAGGAGAGAGGAAUCCGGAAAUGGAAGAAAGGCGUGGGCAAAGGCAGCAAGGCCAUCGAUGGCAUGGAAACGUAUGACUUGCCUUUCGGCAUGGAAGUGGUGAAGAAGUACAAAUGCUUCACCUUCUUACCCAUCAGCCCCACCUUCAUGGGCUACACAUGGAAGGGCCUCAGGAAAAGCAGCAACUGCCGGAAUCCAGAGGAAGACUCUGAAGCGACUGUAUAGCCCUGGCCAAAACCCGCCUCUAGUAGCUCUUCAUUAACAGACACAUCUGCAGUUCCUUGCUAUUUUAUCUUAUUUUAUUUUGUAUAUCUGCAUUUUUAUUCUGGAACCAGAGCCGAGACAUAUGAUUAAAAAACAUAGCUUUCCUAUUGUGGAUGGUGAUGGCUAUCUAUAAGGUCUCUCUUGAGUUACACUAUGUUUUGGGUUGGGUUUUUUUUUUUUUUACAAAACAGUUACAGUUGUUUCUUCCUGAUUUUUGGCACUGCUGCUCUUCUGCUGAAAAUGGAAACCCAGGUCCUACUGGGAAACUGCAUGUCUGAAGGCGCAGAACUCAAACAAGCCGUAGCUUCUAGUGUUCCCUCUUCCAGCUGAUACAUUCCAGAUUUUGUUUAUCUGUCUGUCGGUUUGGGGUUAAUUUCUUAUAAGUUUGGUGUCACUUGAUCUGGUUCUGGCAGAUUAGAGAACUUCCCACACCAAACGGAGCUUUCCCAGAGUUCUCCAGUAUCCAACAUGGAAAGGCUGUCGUGCCAAGGGUUACCUUGGUGCAAGAAGUGACAUGGAUCUGGAGUGCUUAGAGAUGAGGCAGAGCAAGGUGGGACAUCUCAGCCUUUAGCUGCCAUGUCCUUCAACCAAAAUAAAGCCUAAGCUAUCCAUUGUCUUGUUGCACCUGCAAGUUAGUCCUUAUACAUACAUACAUAUUUAGAUAGAUAUAUAUAUAUAUAUUUAGUCAUAACAAUAUUUAUUAAGCGCCAAUGGAUUAUUUAAAUUAAAUGGUCAGCUUGUCUCUGUACUUGUGCCAGUCUGUUUCCAGACGCUUCUGCCAGUCCCCAAAGUGGCCUAGGUUUGGUCGUUGCCUUCUUGUUUUCCUCGCCUUCGUUUUUUUCCUGAGCUGGAUGCAGGGCCUGUUUAAAAAUGGGAGAGAGAGACUCUAUGGAUGGCAUCCCUUUCCACCAGAUGGUUUAACGGGUAUUGGAGGCUCCCUGUGGGUGCCAUUCAGACUCUUUAUUUUUGUUCCUGUACAAGUCUUGGCUCUGGCAUUAAGUGGCUGUUGACUCUCAUCAUGCAUCCGUAAUUAUAAGACUUUAUUCCUGUUUAAUGUUCUCACUGUUGGGAGUUAGUUUUUAGAUACAAGCGUUUCCUUCUCCUCUCCUUUCUUAUUUCCUUGUCCCCUCUCCUGCCCCUAAUGCGGUCCGAAAGGUUUUCUUUCUUUUCAAGCUGUGGAAAGUUUUGUCAAAGAGGCAUUAGGGGUAAGUAAGUGUUCUCUCAAGGCCAGUAUGCUCUCUUUAAGGUGCUGCUUUUGUGUUUUGUAUGUCAUUUUGUAAAACAAAGCAGAUACUGUAAAUUGCUGGUCAGUUUCUCAAGUCUGGCUACUCGAGAGAGGCACAAAAAACAGCCCUUGUUUGUCUCUGAGGCUAUUGCGGAUGGGAAGGGGAAAGGUGAGGGAUCAGUAUUGAACGGUGAAAAAGACAAAAAGUGUAGCUAUUGGUGGCUGCUCCUGCCAUUUCUGCAGCAUUUUCCUUGUAUAGCUUUUUCACCUUGAGAUAAUUCCCACUUUCUGGAGGUCUUUCCUUGGUUUUUGCUGCCUUGGGAUCCAACCAGGUACCAUAGAAACCACCAAAAACAGUGAUCCCCCUUUUUUAAAAAAGGGAUUGCAUCAGGGCUGAUAGUCAGCCAUUUCAGAACCUGAGAAGUCCUGUGCCCUUGAGGAAUAUAGGACACUAAGGCUACAGUCCUAUGCAACCUUCCCUAGAAAGUAAGUCCCAUUGAAAGGCAGAAGAGUGCACUGUAAAGCUGCAUCCCUAAACACGCUUUAUUGGGAUUAAGCUCCCUUGAACAAAGUGGGACUUGCCUCUGAGUAAACUUGCAAAGGAGGGGCUGCCUGCAUGUUCUCCACCUAGUAUUUUAUGAGCAACCAAAGAAAAGGCAGGUGGAAAGUAACACGUCCGUGUACGAAUGGCAGUUGUAAUGAUAAGGGAUGCCAAAUCCCAUUUGUUCUGCACACAUUAGAGAAGCAUCAGUUGUGCGUUCAUAUAAUAUUGGCAGAGUUAGCAGCGUGUUCUUGUUUCGGUCGUGGUCAGCCUCUUUAUUUUUCCCUUUUCUUAGGCUAAAGUGCCAGUUGCUUGUUAAAGCAGAAAUGAAAUGUCAGUAAACCUGAUGCACUACAGUCUUGUUCCCUUCAGUAGUCUUAAACAGAAGUGGAUUGUGCUCAGCACAGUAACCAAGAAAUGUGGCAGUCCACACCGCUUGUAAGACACAUGUGUCUUGAGCACUUUACUGUUAGUGGUGACAUCUGUGAGAACAUAAAACCCUUGGACUCCCCUUUAUUGCACAACCUUUUUCCCCGAAUCAAGGAGGCAGUUCAUACAUCCCACAGACGCGAGGCAAGAAAAUGUUCAUUUGAUGCGCUUGCCUAGUCUCAUCUCUGCUUAAUGUGCGCUCAGGUGAGAAGUCCUGUUUUUGUGAGGUCCUUCAUCCCCAAACGUAAGAUGGGAAAAGAUGUGAAAAAAUGGUUUCCUAGGAUCUUGGCUAACUUGGAAGUCUUUCUUCUGACUCAGCUGUGGCUAGCUAAUAAUAGAUAGCUGAAAGCUGUUGGAUGAAAUGUUUGCUGGAGGCUUGCAGCAUUUACAAAACACAGUCUGGUUAACCAAAUGCUUCCGGCACAAAAACCCUGAGUUAACUUUGCCUUUCCAAGUGGUAACAGCCAAGGCCUUGUCUUUUGUGGAAACAGCCACAAAAGGGUAUUCUCCCUAUUUUUAGGGAAAGGUUUUAAUAGCCUGCAUGCUUGGUUGUCGGUCUGAGAACGCCCGGGACAUGGGCCAUUUCUGCCGUUGUGGUGUAAAUAUCAUGAAAGACGCUUCUUUGUCUUGAGAAAAGAAUGCUUUUCUUUACUUUUUGGUGUGUGUGUGCGCUCAUAGAUUGCAAACUGUGUGACUGUUAGAAACAGCCCAUCUCCUGUAGCAAAGCAGAAGAGGAGGAUUCGGUUAUCAUUUUCAGAGGGGCAAAAAGAAAGACAAAGGCCUGUUACAGACUGCCAAAAUAAAGCUGCUUCGGGUCUCUUUGGAGGUAUGCUAUUUAAGUGAUGCAUGGGUCCUAAGAGUUUGGAG